AUGCUAGGAGUAGCCUAUUCAGAGGAUGGACUAAGGACUGUUGGAGCCGGUGGCACAAACGUCGGGAAUAUUCCUUACCAAACCACUACUGAUGAAAUUGGAAACUUUUUCAGCCAAGCAGGACAAGUUGUUAACGUAAGAAUUAUAUACGAUCGUGAUAGUGGACGGUCUAAAGGUUUCGGAUUCUGUGAGUUUGCUGAUGAAGCUGGAGCUCAAAAUGCUGUCGAUCGUCUGAACGGACAAGAUUUCAAUGGACGUUGCAUCCGCGUUAACUGGGCCAACAAAUAA